GGCAGGCUGCAGCUGCUGCUGUGUGCGCUUGGCAAGGAUGAUGCGCGUGCGCCGGCAAUUUGCCGCACGGCCGCAGUGUGCGGCAACUUGACGAGAGGGGACGAGGGGAUAAGGACGGCAAGAGAAAAAGUCGGAAACCGCACCGAGCCUUUGCAAAAGCCCCGCCGAGUGCGCAGGAAAAGCGCGAAGGAGGAAGCAAAAAAAAAUAAAAAAAUCAAGUGGACACGUCGUCACGUUCGGGAUGGAAAGAUAGAAGAGCUGUCAGACUGACCAACCGACCAAAUGAUUGACCACUGAAAAGUGGGCACAGGAAUAUAAAGAGGAGGAGGAGGGGGGGGCUUUUUUUUUUUUUUAACCCCCGCAUUGUCAAUCUCGCCGCCGGAGCGCAAAGCAAAGCAAAGAACGCUGGAAAAGAGGGACUGUGGAAUUCUCUUUCAACCCUUUUUUUUGUUCGGCCCCAUUUGACUCUUUUCGACAACUGUGUCACCCGACCGGCGCUAUGGAAACCUGGUUACGGUGUCUAUCGAGGGGAUCAACUGUCGGAUUCCAAGGACAUGCGAGGCAAACGGAGCUGACUGCCAGAAGCCAGCGGUGGAGCACUGCUUCUUUGGGAGACUGAGUGGAUUCCUACGUACAGUCUUUUUCUUGUUGUUGUUGUUGUUGUUGUUACUCAAGAGACAAAUAUCCAUCAUAAAGGGCCUUUGAAUCUUUCGGAUUGGAUGUAUGGAUUUCCAAAAGGGCUCAUCCUGGUUUAGCAGAGCAGUUGUUUAAAAGGCUUUUUUUUGGUCGCUGCUCGGGGAAACGCGUUCAUCUCAAGCGAGUGCCACCGCUCGUUGUGAGGGAGGCUAUAGAUCUCAGUUCAAGGACCUGUAAUGUUAACUUGAGGUAGGUGACGAGUGUUUCAAACCCUCUUUGCAUCGGUUUGCGACACCCUCGCGUCUCCACUUCUGUCUUUGUAAUAUGGCUUUCAGUUGCUCCGUUUACCACCGUGUCCUUCAUGUCGCAAUUCAGCCAGCACCCCCGACCCACUCCCCUCACUCCUGAGCACAUCUCACGGGAAUACGCUGUUAACUAAAUAUCGACAAAAGUUUCCCUACGAUAUCAAUAUGUCGCCUUUCAAUCUUCAGUCUCCUUCUCGCUUUUGACUCUGGUCCCCAUAACACUCAAGUCAGUAAACCAUCUCAUCUUCCUGAACCCCCCCAAAAACCCACACACACCACCACCAGCCCCCCAGAUGAUGCUGAAUUAUGAAUGUGCCACAUCAUGAGUCUCCUGGGGAGGGUAGCUGCGCAUUGUGCCAGGAAAGCCGCCCUACUCUGCGUAGUGUUUCUGAUGGCACGAGCAUGGAGCAGCGCCUCCCUGGCCUUAGGGGCGGUGGCGGCCUCGCAAGGACCCCAGGGCUGCCCCCCACAGUGCUCUUGCAGUAAUCAGCAGGGAAAAGUGGUGUGCACCCGGCGGGGCCUCACCCGCGUGCCCCCGGGCAUACCGGCCAACACGCGACACCUCAAUCUGAUGGAAAACGCCAUUGAGGCGGUGCAGGCUGACUCGUUCCGCCACCUGCACCACCUUGAGGUGCUCCAGCUGGGGCGAAAUGCCAUCCGGCAGAUUGAGGUGGGCGCGUUUAAUGGACUGACCAGCCUCAACACUCUCGAGCUGUUUGAUAACCGGCUGACGGUGGUCCCCAGUGGGGCCUUUGAGUACCUGUCCAAACUAAGAGAACUGUGGCUGAGGAACAACCCCAUUGAGAGUAUUCCUUCCUACGCCUUUAACCGGGUGCCCUCCCUGAUGCGACUGGACCUUGGCGAGUUGCGGAAACUGGAGUACAUCUCGGAAGGAGCUUUCGAAGGCCUACAAAAUCUCAAGUACCUCAACUUGGGCAUGUGCAACAUCCGGGGGGAGAUGCCAAACAUGAGUCCCCUGAAGGGCCUGGAGGAGCUGGAGAUCUCGGAAAAUCACUUCCCCGUGAUAAAGCCGAGCUCCUUCAAAGGCCUGAACUUGCUGAAAAAGCUCUGGGUGAUGAACUCACAGAUAAGCGUGAUCGAGCGCAAUGCCUUUGAUGAUUUACCAUCACUGGUGGAGCUUAAUCUCGCCCAUAAUAACCUGAGCGCUGUGCCCCACGAUCUGUUUUCCCCGCUCAGGUAUCUGGUGGAGCUCCAUCUUCACCAUAAUCCUUGGAACUGUGGCUGUGACGCUGUAUGGUUAGCACGUUGGCUAAGGGAAUACAUCCCCACAAACUCGACUUGCUGUGGACGCUGCAACUCACCUGCCACCAUGAGAGGGCGGCAGCUCGUGGAGGUGGAUCGAGGCGAGGGAGCUGCAACCCAGUGUUCCGCCCCGUUCAUUGCAGACGCGCCAAGGGAUUUUAACAUCUCGGCUGGGAGAGUCGCUGAGCUUCGCUGUCGCACGGCCCAGAUGUCUUCAGUACGCUGGCUCCUACCAAAUGGUACCAUCCUGACUCAUGCCUCAAGUCAUCUGAGGAUAUCGGUACUGAACGAUGGCACCUUGAAUUUUUCAAACGUCCUGGCUGUUGACACCGGCACGUACACCUGCAUGGUAUCCAAUGCAGCCGGCAAGUCCAAUGCUUCAGCCUACCUCAACGUGAGCGCGGCCGAGCUCAACACAUCCAACUUGAGCUACUUCACCACUGUGACGGUGGAGGUCUUGGGCCCAACCACAGAAAUGCCCAAACCCAAGAAGAGCACGACGACAUCUGCUGCUACUACGGUGGCUGGCGUAGCGGGAGGAGGACUGGGCCUCGGAACGACCGCCACAACGGCCUCACCUUCCGUCUUUCAGCCAGUGUUCAUCUCCACGCCGACCGUGUUGCUCCAAAGCACCGACAGCCCACCCGGUGCGGCCAAGCCAUCGGCGGGGCCCGGACUCAAAGGGGCAACCGGCAAACCUGGCAAGUCUGGCCCGAGUCUGGAUGAGGUCAUGAAAACCACCAAGAUUAUAAUUGGCUGCUUUGUGGCAGUCACCCUGAUGGCUGCUGUGAUGCUCAUUGCCUUCUACAAACUGAGAAAGCGCCACCAGCAGAGGAGUACCGUGGCGGCCGCUCGCACCGUGGAGAUCAUCCAGGUCGACGAGGAGGACCUUCCGCCGCCGGCUUCUGCAGCACAAGAGACAGCUGUGACGCUCCCCGAAAUCAGAGACCAUAACAGCAUCCACAAACUGGAAUAUCUCAGUCACAAGGCGAAUUACGGCUACAACAAACCCAAGGCCGAAUACAUACCUCAGCCUGAUUUCACCCUUCACAAACCGAAAGCAGAAUAUACGACGUACAAGCCCAACAUGGACUUCCAUGGCCACAAGUCCGUCCAAGACUACAGCGCUCGCAAAUCGACGCCAGAUUUCAACCUCCACAGACCAAAGCUUGACUACAGCCCCUUCAGACAGGAUUACGCCGCUCACAAAUCCAAAGCAGAAAGCAGCCCAUUCAAACCGGACUUUGGGACUCACCCGAAAGCCAGGUCAGACUACAGCCCUUUCAAAUCAGACUGCAGCACUCAUCCAAGGCAAAAGACCGACUUCAGCCCUUUUAAGAGAGAUUACAGUACCCAACCAAAAUCCAAACACGAUUACAGCCCAUUAAGGUCUGACUACAACACUCAGCAUAAACACAAGGUUGAAUAUAGCCCGUUCAAGCACGACUUUGGAACUCACCCGAGACAGAAACCGGAUUACAGUCCAUUCAAGCCUGGCUACGGCACUCAGCCGAAACCCAAAAUGGACUACAGUGUCCAGAAAUGUAAACCCGACGGCAACUACAACCCCAAGGACCCUUAUAACGCAUUCAAGACGGACUUCAGCCCGCACAAAGCAGACUUCGGCGCCUUUCAAUCGGAAUUCAGCCCCCACGCCCAGAGACCCAAAAUGGACUACAGCCCCCACAAAAUGGACUUCAGCACCUUGAAGCCAAAAUACAACACCUACAAGCCGAGCGGUCACGGGGCCAAAUGGACAGAGAACAACGUGGGGAAUUCUUUGCCUCGAACCUUACCCAGCACCAUCACGGCAAUGGCCGAGCCCUUUGUCAUUAAAACUCACACCAAGGAGAAAGUACAGGAGACUCAAAUUUAGAUAGCCCACCUUUAGGCCCCAGCUAUUGCCCUCCAAGCCACAUCCCCUUAUCCCCCCCCCCCACCACCACCACCACCACUUAAAUCAUGCAAUAGAAUGCACAAUGAAAAAGAGGACAGAAACAACUAUUUUGUACAGAGCAGACGCAAAGACUGGCAAGUUGUUGUUGUACAUGCUUAUAAAUAAAUAUAUAUGGACACGUUGAAAACUACCAUGAGCUGGUGACAGAGAAACAUAUAUUAAAAAGAAAAUGAAACUAUUUUCUAACUUGUAACUUCUGUUUAAAAAAAAUAUGUUGUUUUAGAAGCUGUCUUGACUUUGACAAAUGAGGGUAGUGUUGUUUAGGAAAAAAAAAAAACAGGGAUGGUGGGGGGUGGCCAUUCUGUGUGAUUUUUACACCGUGCUACAGAAAAUGCAGUGAUGAGAGGACAUAUUUAUACAAAAAAAAAGUCAUUUCUUUAACAAAAAAAAACAAACAAAAAAAAGGUCAGCGUUGAUCUUUACAGGUUUAUCUUGUAAAAGCACCAAGAAUUUGUACCGUGCCAAGUGUUAUAAAUGCAAUAAAAAGAUUCUUUUUGUAAGAAACCCACAAA